AUGGCAGCCUCUUGUCGUCUCAAGCCCUUGAGCUGUGUGGCGGUGUGUGGGGGCACCCACGGUAAUGAGAUGUCAGGCAUCUACCUGGCCAAGCACUGGCUGCGGGAUCCCAUGGAGCUGCAGCGUAGCAGCUUUGCCGUCACGCCCUUCCUGGGCAACCCACGUGCCAUUGAGAAGUGUGUGCGUUACGUGGGACAGGACCUGAACCGCACCUUCACCACCGAGUUUCUCAGCUCCACAGAGGCAGAGGACGAGCCCUAUGAGGUGGUCCUGGCUCGCGAGAUCAACCAGACCUACGGCCCCAAGGGCUCAGCCCAGGCCUUUGACUUCAUGUUCGACCUGCACAACACCACGGCCAGCAUGGGCACCUGCCUCAUCGUGGACUCAGAGGAGAGCCUGCUGCCCAUGCACAUGUGCCACUACAUCCAGAUGCACUACACACGGAGCCCCUGUCCCAUCUACCUGUACAAGUUGCCAGGCGAGGAGACUUACUCCAUCAACUCGGUGGCCAAAGCCGGGCUAGCGCUGGAGCUGGGGCCACAGCCCCAGCAGGUGGUGAGAGCUGACCUGUUCAGUCAGAUGAGAGACAUCAUAGCUUGCGCAUUGGACUUCAUUGAACUCUUUAACAAGGGCACAGUGUUCCCUGCCUUUGAAAUCGAAGCGUACAAGAUCACUGGGCGCAUGGACUAUCCCUGCUACCCUGAUGGAGAGAUCUCAGCCAUGGUGCAUCCCAAGCUGCAGGAUAAGGAUUUCCUCCCCUUGAACCCCAGGGACCCAAUCUUCCAGACCUUCAGCGGGGAGGAGAUCCUUUACGAGGGCAACACCACCAUCUACCCAGCCUUCAUCAACGAGGCUGCCUACUAUGAGAAGAAGGUGGCCUUUGUCAAGAUGGAGAAGCACAUGUUCUCCAUCCCCGGCCUGCAGAGAGAUUGA